CUUGGGCCAGAAGCUCAUUUGUGCCCGCACUGCAAGUCCAAUUUGGGUGCGGUUGUCGGGGCGCGCCCAGCCCUAGACACAAUGCUAAAGGCAGCCUAAAACCUUAUUAUUCCCUUCCCGCCCGUUUUCAAACGGAAAUCCCUCUUUACCUUAGGGUUUGGUUCUGACUCGUACAAACCUUACUUUAGAUCCUCUGUGAUUUGAUCCGCAGCAUUAUACCUCAAUCCUUCAAAAAUCCGGAAGAAAUGAGUGCUCCCAUGGAGAUCUCCGUUCAAAAUCCCGCAAGCACCAUCAUCUCAGAAACGAAUGGUGGUGCACUCUUAGCAUCGCCGUCUCCUAUGCUGCCGCACGAGAAAUUUCUGGUUUCCGUUGAAGUCUGCUUGAAGCCAUCUAGCACAGCUCGGCCUGACAAUGUACGGUCGGCCGUUGAACGAAUGCUUGAAAAGAGGUGUUUGAGCUAUGCUGAUGGAUCCAUUCCAGUGCCUAUUGAUGAUCCUUUUCUUGCGGAAAAUGUACAAAGGAUCCAUAUAUGUGACACAGAUGAAUGGGUGAAGAACCAUGAGAUUCUUUUGUUCUGGCAAGUGAAACCUGUCAUUCAUGUCUUUCAGCUUAGUGAGGAAGGACCAUGUGAGGAAUUCAAUGGGGAAGGUCAGCUCUCCAGCUUCAAUGAAUGGAUCCUUCCAGCUAAGGAAUUUGAUGGCAUGUGGGAAAGCUUAAUUUAUGAAUCUGGCCUUAAGCAACGUUUGUUGCGGUAUGCAGCUAGUGCAUUAUUAUUUACUGAAAAGGGAGUUGAUCCUUUCCUUGUGUCUUGGAACCGCAUCGUUCUGUUACAUGGACCUCCAGGGACAGGGAAGACAUCUUUAUGCAGAGCACUUGCUCAAAAACUAUCCAUAAGAUUCAGCUCUAGAUACCCACAGAGCCAAUUGGUUGAAGUUAAUGCCCAUUCUUUGUUUAGUAAAUGGUUCUCUGAGAGUGGGAAGUUGGUUGCAAAGCUUUUUCAGAAAAUUCAAGAAAUGGUGGAGGAAGAAAACAAUCUGGUAUUUGUUUUGAUUGAUGAAGUUGAAAGCCUUGCUGCUGCAAGAAAGGCAGCGUUAUCUGGAUCUGAACCUUCAGAUUCCAUUCGGGUUGUGAACGCACUACUAACCCAGAUGGAUAAAUUGAAGUCAUCACCUAAUGUGAUUGUUUUGACUACAUCUAAUAUUACUUCUGCAAUUGAUAUUGCAUUUGUUGACCGGGCCGAUAUCAAAGCAUAUGUGGGUCCUCCAACUCUUCAAGCUCGAUACGAAAUUUUAAGAUCCUGCUUGCAGGAACUUAUCCGGACAGAAAUCAUAUCCGAUAUCCAGGAUUCUGAAUGUGCCAUGCUUCCAAAUUAUGUUACCUUGAAACAGAUAUUCAACUCAACUGAGAUUCAAGAUGUUCAAACUGCACUGCCCCUGUGCAAGCAACUUCUUAAAGCUGCAGAAGCAUGUGAGGGACUGAGUGGAAGAUCGUUACGAAAACUUCCAUUUUUGGCGCACGCAGCUCUUGCCAACCCCUACUGUUGUGACCCUAGCAAGUUCCUGUCCACAAUGGUAGAAACAGCUAGGAGGGAGCGUUCCGAGCUACCUGACUGACCGAUAUAAACAUUAAAAAAAAAAAAAGAAGUGCUAAAAACCUAAAACAAUAUUCAUUGGUCUCUGUAUAUGAAUCUCUGUAUGCAUAGAUGAUGGAUGAUUAAUCAUAAAAUGAUACGAACAACUGUACCUGAGCUUCUUACCAAGACAGAGGUGCAUCUUUCUACCAUCUAUCUGAGCUACUGUUUGAAUUCUCCGUCCUUUCAGUUGCCGGGUACCAUCUAGUUAGUCGAGAGUUGUGUGCGCAAAAAAAAUGGACACGGAGGGGUUAUCACAUGAGAAAUGAUGCGUGCGGUUAUAUUAGGGGGAUUUAUGUACAAUUAUUUAGUAGGCAAAAUUUUUCAUUU